CGUCCAUCUCACUCACCGCCGACGACGAUAGAAACAACAGCGGCGACGGUCGCAGUGGGCCAACAUGUCGACUCCAACAGAAACGGAGCCGUAUCACAUCCAGCCCGUCUUGUCGGAUCUCUACGACUCGAAAGACCUCCUAGACUUCUCCGCGCCUUCCGUAUCGAGCUCGGCAUCGCCUCAACCGGCUCCACCAUCAGCCCCGAGUUCGCUCUUCGGCGCGGUAUCCUCCCUCGCGGGUGGGAUCGGUCAGCGCGCAGCUGCCAUCGCCUCGGGCGAGGGCACGCCGGCGGCGUCGUCAUCUUCACCCGGUGCGCAUCGCGACACGUCCCCCUCGCCCGACCGGUCACGGUCCCCCGCGCAGACGGGCGCCAGCACCCCGCCCAAAGAUAACCAGCGGACAGAGGUGCGCUGCGUCGAGGGGUACGCGAACAACCUGUACGUCGGCGGGUCGGACGGCGCCGUCGAGUGGUGGGUGUACGAUGGGGCCGCUGGCACGAGCGAGAACCGAGGAUGGAAGCUGCGACACAAGCACAAGCUGUUCUCUGCGCGUCCGGUGAACAAGAUCCUUCUCCUGCCCAAGGUCUCGCGCGCACUCGUGCUCUCCGAGGGAACACUGCAUCCCCUCACCCUCCCGAGCCUCGAACCAAUACCGUCCACUGUGAUCCCUGUGAUCCGUGGCGUCGUCACCGUGUCAUUGAAUGACGACGAACUUGAUCUAGGGGACGGUGAGAGCGUCACGGACAUGACGGUGGUGGUGGUUCGCCGCAAGGGGCUCAGUGUCUAUCGCCUCGGCACCAGGAUGACUUUAGUCAAGGACAUCCCCCUACCUACACCUCCAAAAUCCUGCGCGCUCUUCUCCACGUUCCUCUGUGCUGCUCUCCCGUCGGAGAACGGGCUCAACUACGGCAUCAUCGACUUGUCAGACGCGUCCAUGACCGAGGUCCUCCCCGUCUCGCAGGUCUUUGGCAUGGUUGACUCGGGCUUUGACCCAAAUCCCAACAUUGUCGUCAUCCCAGGCGACAACCAGUUCCUCGUGACGAGCUACACUGGUCAGAACACGAUGGGCGUGUUCCUCAACGGCCAGGGUGAUCCGGAACGUGGGACCAUGGAGUGGCCCGAGCACCCGGUUUCGAUUGCCGUCGAAUCUGGCUACAUCAUUGCCCUGCUACGGAACAACACGGUUACUAUCCACUCUCUUGCGGAUUUGGAACAGCCAGCCCAGACCAUCUCGUUAGACGCCGACCUUGCCGCAUUCCAGCUGAGCUACUCGCCUUAUGGCGUCUCCAUCAGAGAUAUGGUGCGCGCCGAGCGUAUGGGGACAUCGCGCUUCACACUCCUCAGCGGAAAGCUGGCACCGGUAGUGGACAGUCCUGUUGUGGAGGUGGUGGCGUCCCCGCAGGCAAAAUCAGAGCACUCAGAGUCGGAGCUUCUGGCGCCGCCAGCGUCUUCGCAGACUGCCUCGGACCACGAACUCUCCGCUAACGAGGAGCCACCUUCCGGGUCAGGGCUCACUCCGCCAUCGUCACCAAAGUUCCAGCGCCAGCCGAUCAACCCUCCAACGAGCUCAUCGCUGCUAUCGGCCGGAGGGCAGUCAGCAACUUCAACGUCUCGCGCGGCCCCACCUGCCACUGCCAUUGCGGAGACGCUCCUCGUUGGACGACAGACGGUGCAGGGACUGACACCAACACCCGUGGUGCUAAGACUUGAGCACUUGUGCUCUCAGCGCCGUAUGGAGGAGGCAAUCGGACUGGUCGAUGACGAGCGGAGGAAGGGUCGCCGUGGAGAGUUCGAUGGUGACAAGGCGACCCACUCGGCCUACAUGCGCCUCCUCCAUCUGUACCUCGCGUGUCAGCUCCUCCUCGACACGGUGUUCGAGCGCGCUGGCGACUACCUCCUCCGUGGCAAGAUUGACCCGCGCCUCAUUGUCCGCCUCUACCCCGCCUACCGCGGCAAGCUGAUUGGCACGGCUGAGGAGGUUGAGGUGUUCGACGGCCUCAAGCCCAUCUUCGAGAACAUGGGCACUAUCGAGGACAUUGUGGCGGAUUUCUUGCGUCGCAACUACGAGAGUAACGAGUCGCCACCGCCAAACGAUGAGCUGCAGCUUGCUCUGCUGGACAAUGCGCAGGCCAUGCUCGGCGACUUCCUCCGCAAGACGCGGGCGUCAAGACGGAAGGGCGGCGGAUCGCGCGGACUCGACUCGCGCAAGAUUGACAUUGUCAUUGACACAGUCUUGGCCAAGAUUCUCUCCGACUCGGGUACUACGACAGAGCUGCUCGCAUUGCUUGGUGGACCUAAUGCUGUCUCUCUCUCCGAACUGGAGCCGUUUCUCGCGAAGCGCAAGUACAUCCUCUGCACCAUCCUGCGUGAGCAGGGGCAGUUUGACCGCGUUCUGGAGUUGUUGAAGGAAAUUGCCGAGGAUCCUACCCCGGACCCGCUGUGCCCAGACCCAGUCGGCGAGCUUGUCCAGCAGCUUGACACUGUAGAGGACCCAGAAGUGCUACGCAACUACGCUGUCUGGCUCGCCAAGCGUGACCCAAAGCGGGCGAUCAACUUGCUUAUUGCAAAGGACAGCAAGAUCAAGUUUGACGAGGCGCAGUUGGUCGAUGACAUCCGGGAGAUUGAUACGGACGCGGCGAACCGUUACCUCGAACACGUUGUCGUCGAUAAGCGAUCCACGAAUCGCGAGCUGCACGAAUCACUGCUCAACUGGUUGUUGGACCAAGCCGAUGACAUGGCCAAUGAUGAGGGCAUCCAGUACCAUGUCGAGGAGCUGGAUGCUGAGUUCCGCCUACUCCCCGAGCCCCAGGCGUACCCCGUCUUCUUCGCCGAGAUUGCGCCUCGCACGCCGUUCAAGACGCUACGCCUCAAGCUCAUUCUGUUCCUCCAGGGAAGUAACUUUUACGACCUCGAGGCGGCUGCCAAGCGGCUCGACGAGACAAAGGUGUACCUCAUGGAGAAGGCGAUUGUGCUUGGCCGCCUUGGACGCGACCGGGAUGCGCUUCACAUUCUGGCGCGGGAACUCCAGGACUCGCCGUCGUCGCAGACGUACUGCACGCAGGGUGGAGAAGUCGUCCCGCCAAAGGUCGCACGUAUUAUUGCCACCCGUCAGCCAGAGCUCGCCGCCUGGGCUGCCCUUGGGGAGAUGGGCCGCCGGCGACGCGGCCCUGUUGACGAAAACGUCCAGCAUCGACUAGUCAAGGAGCUCCUCGGCGCGUACAUGAGCGACUCGCAAGGCUCGACGGCGCGGACGUCAGAGCUGCUCAGCGCGCAGGGUGUCCACCUCGACACUCUAGAAGUGCUCAACAUGGCCCCUAACGAGUGGCCCCUGGACGUCAUCACGACGUUCUACAAGCGAUCGUACAGACGGCAAUUGCACGAGCGUCGGACGUGGCAGGUGCUCAAGUCGAUUGCGGCGGGCGAGAACCUGCGCACGACUGACGAGUACCUGGACAAGGUGGGCCAGGUGCCGCCUGUGCUCGCCCAACCGCCUCGAGAAGGCGACGAGAAGGAGCAGUUUGCCGUGUUUGCGUCCAAGCUGUCAGAGAAGCUGGCAACGGCGAAUCUUGAUGACGAGGAGCCGCGGUAUGACCCGGCAGCCAAGGAGCUGGGCCCGUUGGGCGGCAAGCCGGUCAUGACUGCGCGUCUAUAAUAUCAUGCAUAUGUGAGCUAGCCGUGGUGGGCGUAGUGUGGCGUGGGCAAGCAGCGCUGGCGCCUACUCGAGCUUCUUGACCUGGUCGGGGCGCAGGCCAAUGUCCCUCAGCAGGCCGGUCAACGGGCCCUGCUGCAGUGUGGGGGUGAGGUAUCCGCAGAGGGGCUGCAUGAGGGUGGGCGGCAAGCAGACGAGCACGAGCACGCGGCCGGCGUCCUUCAGCGCGGCCUGCACAUCCGAUUUGGCAACCGCGCCAGGCGGGAUACGCUGUACGUGGAGCUGGUCGCCCCACUUGGCCUGUAGGGGCUCGAGGAAGCGGGUCGCCCAGUCCUCUUUGCCGGGAUUAGGCAAGGCGUGGAGGAGCCUGAAGUUCGUGUUCGCGGGGUGAGCUUUGCUCAGCAGCUGGAGGAACGGCGCGACGGCGGUGCCCGUCGAUAUCAUGACGACCGUGUCGUACUGGCUCUGGUCGAGGUUGAAAGUCUGCAGCGGGCCGCGCAUGGCCACCUCGGCUCCAGGCUUGAGGGAGUGCGCGAGCCGGCCGACCUCUCCACCGGGCACGCGCUUGACGACGAGCUCGAGGUCGCCAAGCCGCCCAUCGUUGAUGGGGGUGUACGGGCGCUCGAUCUGGAUCUGCGGCGCGCCGAGCAUGACGUGGUGCACCGUUACCAGGUUGGGCAGGUUAUCGAACAGGCGCUCCUCGUCCGGCGUGAGCGGCACGCGGAGCAGCGCAUGCUGUGGCGUUAAGAGCGUGUUCGCGCCCACACGGUGCUGCGUGUAGCUGUACGGCGCGAGCAUCUUCUCGUCCUCCUGCAUCUUGUACGCGAACGCUAUCGCGCUGCCGGCGAAGAAGACCGCGAGGGUUAGGUACGCGCCUGUGAGGGAGCGCGGCGGCUUUGGCGGCGCUGCUGGCGGUGGGGUUGGAGCGGAGCGCGACGCGCGCCGUGUCGCGAGCUGCCGUAGCUGUAGCUGGAGAGUGCUUUGCAGCACCGGGCGCAGCGCGCUGGCGCGUAUUAAUG